CGCACCGCACCGCACCGGCAUGUUCUCCGAGUCCCCGAACGCGAACCUGAGCGCGAACGCGAGCGCCGAGGAGCCGAUCGCCCCGCUGGAGCCCGAGUGGAGCGACAGAGCGCCGGAGAGCCUCUCUCGGACCGGGCACACCGUGGUCUCCGUCUUCCUGGGCUCCAUCAUGCUCUUCGGCUUCCUCAACAACCUGGUGGUGCUCGUGCUCUUCUGCAAGUUCAAGACGCUGCGCACCCCGGUGAACAUGCUGCUGCUCAACAUCAGCGUGAGCGACAUGCUCGUGUGCGUGUGCGGGACCACGCUGAGCUUCGCGGCGAGUGUGCGGGGCCGCUGGCUCGUGGGCCGCCACGGCUGCAUGUGGUACGGCUUCGUCAACUCCUGCUUCGGAAUCGUGUCACUAAUCUCCCUGGCCGUGCUCUCGUAUGACCGCUACAGCACCUUAACCGUCUACAACAAGCGGGCUCAAGAGUACCGAAAGCCUCUGCUGGCAGUGGGAGGGUCAUGGCUCUACUCACUGUUCUGGACUGUGCCCCCAUUGCUGGGCUGGAGCAGUUAUGGCCUGGAAGGAGCAGGGACGAGCUGCUCUGUGACCUGGACGGCACGAACGACACAGUCUCACUCCUAUAUCAUCUGCCUCUUCAUCUUCUGCCUGGUAUUGCCCGUUCUGGUCAUGGUGUACUGCUACGGGAGGCUACUGUACGCUGUCAAGCAGGUUGGAAAGAUCCGGAAAACAGCAGCUCGGCGGAGGGAGUACCACAUCCUGUUCAUGGUAAUCACCACGGUCGUGUGCUACUUGCUCUGCUGGAUGCCUUACGGUGUGGUGGCUAUGAUGGCAACAUUUGGGCGGCCAGGAAUCAUCCCACCUAUUGCCAGUGUGGUGCCCUCCAUUCUGGCAAAGAGCAGCACCGUCAUCAACCCACUUAUCUACAUCCUUAUGAACAAACAGUUUUACAGGUGUUUACUGAUCCUCUUUCACUGCAAGCAAAGGAGCACUGACAAUGGCCAGUCUUCCAUGCCGUCCAAGACCACAGUCAUCCGUCUCAACCGCAAGACCUGCAGUAACACAGUGGCGUGUGCUGUGCAGGUGCCCAGGGAGGUACACCAUCUGGAAUGCUCCAUGCCCAGGGCAGAGAGUAGCAACCCCCCUGAAACGUGCCACCUGAGGAUGCCCCCACCUGCUGUCCCAUAUGCUUCUUGCAGUACGGCAGUUCUGCCCAGUUAAUGCAACCAUGCAGCGAUGCACUGCACUACUUCACCAGCAACCUUCAUACUCAUCUCUGGGUCAUCCUUAUUAUGCAGUGCAAGUGUGCACAUGAAAAAAUCUGCAUUAGCUUGAUGUUUGUCAGAUGUUUUUCAAAAUGAGAGAUUAACAGUGUUUUUUGUUGGUACCUACUAAUUUGCUGGACUGAUGCGGAUUUAAGAUUCGUGUUGUCCUGGAUGUUAUGAUGGCCAAAUUUAUCAUGAAAUGUUAUUGUUUAAGCUCCCCUGCAGUAGCUGCUAAUUAUGUACAGAGUACAGUGAUGAGCUACACCUCACCAGCAACUUUCAAACCCAUCCAUGGGUCCUUGUUAUUCAGUGCACAAAGCAAAAUCAGCAUUAAAAGUACUCAGAUGCUUGCUUAUAAAAGAAUUGUGGACUGUCGAUGUUUUUUCAGUGUUAAAUUUGUUGGAUGGAUGCCCCACUUCACUUUUGUGCUACCAUUAAUGUAAUGAAGAAUAAACGUCUAAUACUGUAUAAUGAUGUGCACUAAUUGCAAAUUAUGUAUCAUGAUACAAAGAGAAAAUAUAUAAUCUUGACUUUUUACAUUCCAGUACCUGCAUAAAUAUUUUAAUUUGUGUAAUUUUAUCAAAUGCACUGUGCAAAAGUAGCAGA